AUGCUCCGGACGGUGAGUGACUGGUUCUGGUGGGACCGGCUCUGGCUCCCUGGUAACGUGACCUGGUCGGACCUGCAGGCGGACGGACGUGUCUACGCCAAGGCCGCUGACCUGUGGGUGACCCUGCCCCUCGCCUUGCUGUUCAUGGUCAUCCGACAGAUCUUCGAAAUAUGGGUAGCCACUCCUCUGGCGCGUCUCCUGGGUGUGAAGGAUCAGACCCGGUUGAAAGUCCCUCCCCGCCCCGUUCUGGAGAACUUCUACACGACGACCUCGAAGCGACCCAAACCGGCGGAUGUGGACGCGCUGUGUAAGAAGACGGGCUGUUCGGUCCGGCAGGUGGAGCGGUGGUUCCGACGGAGACGCAACCAGGACCGGCCCAGCCUGCUGAAGAAGUUCCGCGAGGCCAGUUGGAGAUUUACCUUUUACCUUCUUGCUUUCUUUGCUGGCCUGGCAGCCCUGAUUGACAAGCCCUGGUUCUACAAUCUCAAGGACAUGUGGAAGGGGUUCCCUGUGCUGGUCUUGCUGCCCUCCCAGUACUGGUACUACAUGAUUGAACUGGGAUUCUACUGGUCUCUGCUCUUCAGUGUGGCCUCUGACAUCAAAAGAAAAGAUUUCAAGGAGCAGAUCGUCCACCACAUUGCCACCAUCGUGCUGAUCAGCUUAUCCUGGUGUGUGAACUUCAUCCGCGCCGGCACCCUCAUCAUGCUGGUGCACGACUCCUCUGACUACUUCCUGGAGUCUGCCAAGAUUUUUAACUACGCUGGCUGGAAGAAGACCUGCAAUGCCAUCUUCAUCGUGUUCGCCGCAGUCUUCAUCAUCACCAGGCUGGUCAUCUUCCCCUUCUGGAUCCUGCACUGUACUGUGGUGUACCCCCUGUCCAUCUACCCCCCCUUCUUUGUGUAUUACUUCUUCAACGGGCUGCUGAUGGUGCUGCAGCUCCUGCACCUGUUCUGGGCCGCGCUGAUCCUGCGCAUGGCGCACAAGUUCAUGACGGGCAAGUUCGUGGACGAUGAGCGAAGUGACAAAGAGGAGACGGAUAAUUCCGAGGAGGAAGAGGAGGAGGAGGCGGAGAAGAAGGAGGAGAAGAAGAAGAAGAGAGGCAGGGUGAGGGAAAGCAAGGAGACUCCCUGGAACGGGCCUGUGCAAAACGGACACCCCACCAUCAACAACAACCAGCACCAGAAAAAAAACUAGAGGGGAGUGAGGGGAG